UACACAUCUCCCAAACCCACCACAAUCAAAGCUUUUCCCAAUCUAUAUUUCAUAUUAGCAUAAACUCAAAAUGGCCCGUACCAAGCAAACAGCCCGCAAAUCGACAGGUGGGAAGGCACCAAGGAAGCAACUAGCCACCAAGGCUGCCAGAAAGUCAGCUCCGGCUACUGGAGGAGUGAAGAAACCUCACCGAUUCAGGCCUGGAACUGUUGCUCUCAGAGAAAUCAGGAAGUAUCAGAAGUCAACUGAGUUGUUGAUAAGGAAGCUUCCAUUCCAGAGGCUGGUGAGGGAAAUUGCACAGGAUUUCAAGACAGAUCUCAGGUUCCAAAGCAGUGCUGUGGCUGCUCUACAAGAGGCUGCUGAAGCUUACCUUGUUGGGCUCUUUGAAGACACAAAUCUCUGUGCAAUCCACGGUAAGAGGGUUACGAUCAUGCCUAAGGAUAUUCAGCUUGCAAGGAGGAUUCGAGGAGAAAGGGCUUAGGAACAAGCUUUGUAUGGUUAUGGUUAAUUUGUGUUCUCUGUCUUAGGGCUUUGUUUGUUGAAUGUUAGGAAUGGUUAUGUAAAUCAAAUUACUAGUUUCAACCCAAUUAUAUGUAAACCUCUGGUUAAGUACUAUUAUGAAAUCUGAUGAAUGAAAUAUGUAGUUUAUUUUGUUUCAAUUAAA